AUGGUGAAAAGCAAGCGUCGAAACUAUACUACCAAAGAAGCAGACGAUCAAGAACAGCUCUGCGUAGAAGCUCCUUCCUGGUACCUUCCUGACAACGAGAAGUCGAGCUUGUUUUACUGCUUACUCUUCGGUGUAUCAAUCGCUGUAGAUUACUUCGUUUACGAACUUGUGAGCUACAUGAAGAAAUUGGAAGAUCUAAGUGGCCUCAUGCUUGAGCCCUCGGUCAGUAGCAUAGGAGGGUCGGACCCACACCACUAA